AUGAUGAAUAAAAAACUUCCAGUAUUAUUUUCAAUUACCACUUAUUUAGCUUCGUCAAUAACAUCCGUUUUUGUUAAUAAAUAUAUGUUAAUAACCAAUAUUUUGGACACAAUUUUCUUAAUUUUUUUACAACAUUUAUCAUGUUUAGCUUUUUUAUUUAUUUUUAAAAGUUAUUUAUCCAAAAUUCAAAAAGAAGAUGAUGUUAAAAAUGAAUUUUUUUCUUUAUAUGAAGGGAUAAAACAUUUAUGGCCUUUAAUAAUAUCAUUUAAUUUUACAUUAAUUUUUGGAAACUUAUGUUUAAAAUAUACUAUUAUAUCAUCUUAUCAGCUAGCUAGAUCUAUGACAUUACCUUUUAAUUUCAUAUUCUCUUAUUUUUUUUUUAAGCAUAUUAAAUUCAAUUUUUGUAUGAUCUGUUCAUGCAUUUUGGUCUCCAUUGGAUUUUUCAUUUUCUCUGCGGAUGCAGUUAAUACCAACCACAAGGCUGUAAUAUAUGGCAUCAUCGUUUCCAUAGGACAAGCAAUACACUUGAACUUAUUAAAGCAAAAAUUAAUUGUAUAUAAAAACAAAACGAAAAUUUUACACUACAAUUUAAUAUACUCCUCCAUUAUUUUGUUUAUAUAUUUAUCAGUAACUGGAAGAAUAUUGCAAAUUCUUAAUUUAACAUAUCACGAAUUUACCUUAUUAAUUCUUUCUUGUGUAUCAUCCAUUUGUGUAACAUUCUCAUCGUUUAUGUGUGUAUAUUACACAGACAAUGUUGCUUAUAAUAUGAUUGGAAAUGUAAAGUCAACACUUCAAACAUUUUUAAGUAAAUUUUAUAACUCAGAAGAAUUUAAUACAAGCACAAUGAUUGGAAUAAUAUUAACUACAUUAGGCUCGUUUGCAUAUGGAUAUUCUAGCGAAUAUUCAAAAAAAAAAAUUAAUUAA